AUGGAGAUAAGGAAUUGGAUGCCUUCUUGGGUCCAGAAGAAGGGAGUGGCGGAUUGUAAGGAAGGGAGGGUCCUGAAGGAGGAGAUUAGGUUUUGUGAUAAGUGGGAUUUGUGACUGAGCAAGAGUUUUAAGGGGUUUAGGAUCAAUGUGGAUGCUGUGAAGAGGAUUACUGCUGUUUGUAAUAAAUUUGAAUAUGUUAUUGGGAAUGAUUGGAUUAGGACCGGAAUAGAGAGAUUUGAUACAGAGGAGGUUGAAAGAGAGAGUGUUUUGGUUCUGGAAGUUGAUAAGAGAAGACCAAAGAGGUAUUUGAAGGAGAAGUUAUCCUCUUUUGAGAAUUUAUGCUUGGGUUCGAUUCAUAUUCGUAGUUCUAAAAACAGGGAAUAUUUCUCUAUAUGAAGCGUAUCAAAGUUUAUUGUAAAAAAUUAAGUUUUGGGUUGAAUUAUCUGGAAUUAUCCAAAAUGCUCAUUUCUACAAAAUGUUUUGCUAAAAUAUUCAACAGUUGCGAUAAAACUAAAUAAAAUAGAAUUGGAUUCUUGAAAACUUUGCAUCACAAAAAUUUGCCUAAACUCAUAUAAAACCUUCAGCACCAGGGAGAUCAACAUAAUAGAAUGAAAAGAUUCUGAAUGACAAAGUCUGUCUUUGGAAUCUACAGUAUUCUUGCUCCUUCUAGAUCUAUUCUCUUCACAGAACCUUGCACUUAAUCUUCAAAAAAUUGAGUUUGUGCUAAACAUAAGCAUUCCUGUAUCUGUUGAGAGACAAAUUCGUGAAAUACAAGCCACCUUUGCUCAGAAAAGCAAUGCUUGGCUCAAUAUCAAAAACCCAUGGUCAGAUUUUGAUUCACCGGAAGAGUACUAAUAAAGGAACCAUAAUUAGAAUAAAUUUUUCAU